AGUUUUUUUGUACUCCUAAGACUAUAGUGGCUGCUGUACCUCCUGCCAGUCAAACUGCCAUAGCGUCGUCAAAUCUUCAUGGAAUUUCAUGAUUCAACUUGCUGCUGAUAGACGACAGCAUUGCGCUCCAGAUCCAAUUUACAGAUCACCAUUAAAGUCAGCGAGCAGAUCGUUAUCAAUAUUUGAAGCCGUCUGACGGAAAUCCGACUGUGCUCUCUAUCUCUCAUUAUUGGCACAUCUGAGCCUAUUGUGACUAUAACAAGUGGUAUCAGAGCCCCUUGGAGCUGUCUCGACCAUGCCUAGGCCUGAGGAAGGGGGUGGCAGAGGUGCUGGAGGCAGAGAAGCUGCCCAAGCACAAGGCCAACACCAAGAUCCACCCGUUGCUCCGGUGCAACCUAGACUUGGACCCUCUAGGGGUGAGCCUAGAGUGUUUGGCCUUGACAAGUUCAACGGUGACAACUUUGCUGAGUGGUCUUUCAAGAUGGAGAACAUCUUUGACCACUAUGAUCUGCUGGAGGUGAUGGAAGGAACGGAGAAGCGCCCCGAGAACGACCCGGAGAAGAGCCCGUGGGUGCGGAAGAGCGCACAAGGCUACCUUCUACUUGGGCAAGCGUUGGGGAGCAGCCAAAUCCGUCACAUCAAGCCUUUUCAGCGUGAACCAGCAAAGGGACCAAAGGCAUGGGCUGCUCUCAAGGGUGUACACGCUCCUGCAACAGCGGCGGUGGCUGUGGUUUUGGAGCGGCAAAUGGCGGCACUUUGAAUUGACGAAGGUGAAUCGGUGGAGGAAGGAGUGCAGAAAUUCUUCGACUUGUUGACAUGCCUCGAAGGAGCUGAUCUGAACUACAGUGACCUUCAAAAGAAGACCAAGCUGCUGGCCUUACUUCCAGACUCAUGGUCCUCGCUCAUCAUCAACCUAAAUCGAGAUCUGCCCCGACUCUCACUCGAAGAUGUGAAGCGGGAAAUCUUACAAGAAGAUUUCCGCCGACGCGAAUUGGCGGGUCCCGAUGGUGCCGGAGUUGCAAGCAUGGGCUGUGGGCACGGCCGUGGAAGGGGCAGAGGGCGAGGAGGCAGAUUUGGCAGCAGUAACUUCAGUGGAGGCCGUGGUAAUGGAGGAUAUGGCACAGCAACAACAACAACAAUGGCUACGGGCGUGGGCGCGGUCGAUUUGAUGGCGAAUGCCACUUUUGCCACAAGACCGGCCACAUGUGGAGAGAUUGCUUCAGAUUGCCUGAUGGAUGGACCCCUUCUCAAGGCCAAGAGGGCAGAGGAGCAAGGGGAGGAAGAGGCAGAGGUCGUGGAGGCCGUGGUGGCCGUGUAGGUGAAGCGGCAAGCAUGAAAGGUGGAGACUACGACAAGGACUCGAGUGAAGAUCGAUACCCGGGCCAAUUCUUCUUUGUCUCCACGCAAGCGGCAGCUGCAGCAGGAGGUGUGGAUGGCUUUAAGGAGCCAGCUACUGUGGGAAAGGUCACCCUUCACUCUCUGGACUUUUGGGUGAUCGAUAGCGGCGCCACCUAUAGCAUGACACCUCGUGCGGACUUGCUCACCGAACUCGAACCGUCGCCGGUCAAGCAUGUUAUAUCGGCUUUGGGGCAGCGAGCAGAGGUGAAAGGCAUGGGCAAGGCCAUGUUCAAGGGUGCUGAUGGGAAGAUGGUGGGCCUCAAGAACGUGCUUUGGGUGCCCAAUCUAGCAGCCAACCUGAUCUCUGUUCGGCUUUUGCAAAAGGCCAGCAUGGACACAUCUUCCAAGGGCUCCAAAACAUAUACCGCGCGGCUUGGUGAGCGGAAGCUUUGGGACCUUCAUGAGGACAGGGACAUCUACAAUGAGAUGUGGCAAAUCCCAGUGGUCCCCAUGCCUAAGGAGAGGCAAGUGGCAGCAAGCAUCAGCACCAAGAUUGAAGCGGUUGGUGGGGUUGAUCACGGAAAGCAAAGUGACACCAAGAGUGAUUCGAAAGAGUGCAAUCUUGGAGAGACCAGCAAGGCGUGUGAAUCCAAGGAGAGUGGUGCAGCAGCCAAAGGUGGUGGAAAUGAGGAGGAGAAUCCUAAGAUCAGUAAAGCAGCAGUGGCGAAGGAGAAAGGAGAGAGCUCGUGGGGCACAAUUGCGAGUGCCGCUUUCUCCAACCUGACUUCCGCUAUGGGAGAGUGUGAUUGGCUGACCUUGCAUCGGCGAAUGGGGCAUGUGGCAUUGCCCAUUUUGCAGCAGAUAGUUAAGCAAGAGAUGGUCAGUGGAAUACGUGUCCAACAUGCAUGCAAGCCAAGUUCACUCGCUACCCGGUCCAUAGCUCGGAGACAACGGCGAAGGCACCACUUGAUGAGGUGGUGAUGGAUGUGGUGGGCCCCUUGAAGCUUGGAGCUGCUGGAGCAGAGUACUUCCUCACCAUUGUGGACGUCUACACUCGCAUGAUGCUGCCCAAGAAGAGUGACGUAGCUGAAACGGUGAAGACCGAUUGGUUGCCGAUGGUGGAGCGGCAACAAGACCGACUUGUGAAGGCUAUUUGCACUG